UAGAAAUCCUUUAUCACCUCAGCCUGGGGCCCCUUGCACCUUGCUCCCCUCCCUCGGGAUUUCCCUCCCUCUCCAGGGCCAUACAUCUCCUCCAAGGCUCUGCAAAAGAACUGCCUCGUCUUCUAGAUGCCUUCUUGAGCCUGCUUGUGGCCACCCACAGACACUUGUAAGGAGGAGAGAAAUCGGCCUGGUAGAGACACUCUGAAAUGAGGGAUUAGAGGCCAGGAUCCAAGGAGCAAGAGCCGCAGCCUGAAGGCAAGGGAGCAGGCCCUGAAGACACUACUGCUGAGAGGGCUGCGAUGGCCUCUCUUGGCCUCCAACUCGUAGGCUACAUCUUGGGCCUCCUGGGGCUGUUGGGCACCCUGGUGGCCAUGCUGCUUCCCAGCUGGCGAACGAGCUCCUACGUCGGCACCAGCAUCGUGACGGCUGUCGGCUUCUCCAAGGGCCUCUGGAUGGAGUGUGCCACACACAGCACAGGCAUCACCCAGUGUGACAUCUACAGCACCCUCCUCGGCCUGCCCGCUGACAUCCAGGCAGCCCAGGCCAUGAUGGUGACAUCCAGCGCCGUCUCGUCGUUGGCCUGCAUUGUCUCCGUGGUGGGCAUGAGAUGCACGGUCUUCUGCCAGGACUCCCGAGCUAAGGACAGAUUGGCGGUGGUGGGCGGAGUCUUCUUCAUCCUUGGAGGCCUCCUGGGCUUCAUCCCUGUUGCCUGGAAUCUUCAUGGGAUCCUGCGGGACUUCUACUCCCCACUGGUACCUGACAGCAUGAAAUUUGAGAUCGGAGAGGCUCUUUACCUGGGCAUUAUUUCCUCCCUGUUCUCCCUGGUAGCUGGAAUCAUCCUCUGCUUUUCCUGCCCAUUCCAGGGAAAUCGCUCCAACUACUACGAUUCCUACCAGGCCCAGCCCCUCGCAACUAGGGGCUCUCCAAGGCCUGGUCAACCGCCCAAAGUCAAGAGUGAGUUUAACUCCUACAGUCUGACAGGGUAUGUGUGAAGAAGCAGGGGCCGGAGCUGGGGGGGUGGCUGGGUCUGUGAAAACCAGUGGACAGCACCACCCCCCCACCCAGGGCCUCAGGUGAGGGACUUAGGCACUGGAUCAUGUCAGAAGGUGCCACUGGAUCAGGCGAAGGCAGAAUGUGAACUGGUGUGACAGCAUGUAGGUUGGACUGUCAAGAUGCUUGCCAAGCCAGCCGUUCUGUUUCCUUCACCUUGCCCACGGCCCUGCCACCUCCCCCCAGCCCUCAUCCCGCCCGAGUCCCCAACCCUCAACUCCAAACUCCACCCCCUAGCCUAGGCCAUGUCACAGAGGCUCCCCUCUGCCUUUCGGGUUACCUGUGAAUCCGUCCCCAAACCCACUCAUUAAUUACAUCCCACUGACUAACCCUCUCUGAGAUCAAAGACCCUCCCUCUGGCUCAGGUUGCUCUUAGCUCAUUGCUGGCGGGGGUGGGGGGUGGGGAUGUGGGGGUGUGUGGCAGCUUUUAUGGGCACAGCUCUCACCAACUUCCCGAGCUUCUCUCCAAAGAAACUGUUUGGCCAGUAAUGGAGCCCAGAGCCUCCAUCCCAUUGUUGUUAUGACUCCACAGUGUUCAGACUGGUGUGUGCGUGGACUGAAGUAAAGCUAUCCCGCGGUAUCGAGGGAACAGAGAGCAAUUGGGUGCAGGAUGAGAGGGAGGGAAAGCAGUCGAAGACCAAAAAAAGACCUGACUCACCGCCCAGGGCAUUUUCCAGGAAUUCCCUCCCGCUGUGGGUUGGGGAUCUAGCUCCCUCCUAAGCAAAGGAACAGGGGUGGAAAGCUCAAGGCAGCAGCAGACUCUGAUUCCUCUGAGCAACUGCCUCAGGAGUGGCAGCCCCAACUCCCCCUGAAGCCCUUGCCUCCCUCUGACUUGGCCUCCUGCUAAGAAACAAGGCUUCGGGUCCUACACGGUGGUUUCCUUAGGAAGGGCUAACUGGCGUUUCUAGAGAUGGCUCUUGGCUGGGGACUGACAGCAUGAGAGCCUUGGAGGUCCGAGGAAGAGACCACUCCUUGACGCUGCCCGAGAAAGAACAAGAACUUCGGUGUCUAAGAAGCUGGGUGGGCACGUGAGGUGGCCCCAGUGGGUGUUUCUAUCGAGCCAGAGAGAGGCGGCUUCCCCAGAGAGUCUCAGGGCUGAAUAGCACAUCUGCCCGAAGUCUGCGAUCAGUCCCCCGGAGUCUCCCCACGGAGCUCUACAGAGCCUCCGAAAGGCGACAGCACCCGGUGGGCCCCCUGUCACCUUCAGAUGCACCCACCAUCCUUCGCCAGACCUCCCAGAGUGGCUGGAAGGCAUCUGAGGGCUUUGGCGUGAAACAACGCCCAAGGAGCUAUGGCCCCGGUCUGAGGGAGAGCUGAGCCGCUGCCUGGGACUUCGGUUGGGGUGGGAUGAUGGCGAAUGUCUCCCAGGCGGACAGUUCCAGCCCCAAGCUGCGGAAAUGCUCCAUUUCCCCUGCGGUGGGGGUGGGGUGGGAGUCACAGAUAGACCCAAGGCAUUUUCCCUCACGCCUCCCCACCCAAGCACCCCCGGCUUCUGACAAACUCCAGCCUCUCCACCUUCUCGCUUGUGAUUAAGCUCCCCUCCCAAGCUGGAAGGCCCUCUCCCCUUAGCCGAGUCCUCCUGCCGUCUGGAGAAAUUGCUCGGCACCACCUCCCACACUGAGUCCCCUCUGACCACUCCGUCCCUCCCCUACCCUCCCUCCUCCACCCUCAGUGUAUAACUGCUGCUUCUUUGAUGCUUAUCAUUCACCAUUUUUGACGGAUAGUUAUUUUUCGUGUACGUGUAUCUGAUCUCACAAGUACACUGUAAACUCUCGGGGGUCGGCGCCAUACCGGAGAGCUCUCUGUAUCCCUCAGACUAUCUGUAAGA